CGCAGUGAUGAAGUACCAUUCACAACAGCGCAAUGAGCCAUUCUGGUAUGGGUACACAAUCAGGAAAUACCUCAGAAGGCGGGAGAAAAGAUGAGGCCGAAAUGGCGAACCCUAGAGUUCGACGAAAGCUGCAGAAUCGCUUGAAUCAGAGGAUUUCUAGAGAGCGCAAGCUGCGACGAGAGGAACAGGCAGGGAUCCAGCGGAGAUCUCGAGGUCGACCUAGGACGGAUGUUCAACCUGUUAAUCGUCGCGUCUCCUCGAUGUCGAGGUCACAAGGCACCAGCAGGUGUGCUGAUAGCGAAACAGGUAUUGAGCUCGUUGGACUUCCGCCUGGAACCUCUUCGCUAUUUCAGCCUGCCCUGGUGUGUUUCCUUGACAGUGCUCAGACCAUGGCGGUUAUGGAUCGGCUGGCCUACGCUGUGAACUGUAGUCUCUUACAAGGCAAUCCAACGUCUGACCUACUCCUGUCUGUGACGCAGCUCAAUAGCUACCGGGCUAUCAAGUACAACAUGGAUGCACUUAAUCUCAAUUUGGAGAUAAUAAAAGAUCAAAAUGCAAUCUCGUACUUUAAUGCACCAGCUGCAGCAUUCAACACAAAUUCCGUACCGCCGAGCCUUCACCCAACAAGUCUCCAGAAGUCUCAGGUUCAUCAUCCUUACAUCGAUCCUCUACCCAUUCCAUCGCUCCGAGAUGCUCUCUUACACAAUGAGGGGCUUUACAAUGACUACGAUUUCUGUAGAGACAUGAUUGGCGACGUCGGGAAAGCUGGUAUUAUGGUUUGGGGAGAUCCUUGGGAUCCAUAUGGCUUGGAAGUGUCAGAGAGCUUUGCUAACAAGUGGUUGUGGCUGCUGAGGAGUUGCCACGAGAUGCUUGUCUCAACCAAUUACUGGAGGGCGCAGCGUGGAGAAGCUGACUUGUUUUCUCUCUGACAUUGCCCAAUAACACUACUUUCAUGGUUUGUUGUAAUAUGGGAUGCAGUGGCGAAACACCACCGCAUUUCAUCACCAUUAUUCUCUAAGCCAGACGAGCCAGGUAGACAACAAGGAGAUGAGCCGUUGCCUCAUUGCUACACUCAGGAGAAGGAGCAAUUUUACGACCGAACCAAGCACAUACGACCAUAGGUAGAGAAGAAUUCGGGGUCUCGUCUGCUCCCCCAUAGACAAGUCUCUAACCGGCAGAUUAGUAGUUAAGUGGGUGACCAUUAGCGAACACCGGCU